AUGUCUUCAACAACCGGUCCAUGCUACAAGGUCGGGGUACUGCUCUUCCAAGGAACAGAUAUCCUCGAUUUUGCGGGCCCGAUGGAGGUUCUGUCUCAUGUCUCUCACAACCGCAACCCCAACCAGCCAGAUCGCAUGUUUACACUUGAAACCAUCGCCCAGAGCCCGACCAUUUGUGCAGCCGGUGGAAGCUGCCUAACCGUGCAGGUCGAUACAUUGCUCGAACAUGCACUCAGGCAGAUCUACAAGUACGACAUCCUGGUCGUUCCGGGUGGGACUCCCUCCGUGACCCAACCACUCGUCGAUGGCGAUGGGCCGGAGCUAGAAUUCAUUCGCCAAUUUGCGGCCCUCUCUAUUCCGCCGUCUCGGAAACCGCGCAUCCUCUUUUCGGUCUGUACCGGGGUCCUCUUAGUGGGGGCUGCAGGUGUUCUAGGUGGGAUGACUGUCACGACUCAUCAUCGCGCUGUCGACGAACUUCGAGCGAUCUGUGAGCGCUUCAACAAGAGUGGGUCGUCUAAUGUGUUGCAUAAGCGUUACAUUGAUGGCGGUCUCCUAAAGGGGGGUUCGGUGCAGCUUAUUACGGCCGGCGGGAUUAGUUCGGGACUAGACGCUUCUCUUCACCUCGUGAGUCAGCUCACUGACCCGGAUAUGGCAGCCUUUGUAUCUCGGGUGAUGGAGUAUGACUGGACUGAACAGGACAAAUAA